UCUUUUCCCCAUAAAACCAAGGAAUGUGUGGAACUUUAAAAAAGCACAUUUUGGAUUGUUAGUUUCUUUUAGUCCUCUGUCCAGAGGAAAAUGGCCUCAGCACAUGACAGAGAUGUUUUACAAGCCAUUUUUAACCCUUGCAGCCCCUUUGGAGAUAUUCCUGGGUUAAACCAAGAAGAUGAGCUGACUGAUGACGACAGUGUGUUUGACCCAGAGCUAGUGAAACAAGUGAAAGAUCUGGAACUACAGGGAGUUUCUGCUGCUGAGUCUGGAGAUGUGCCCGCUGCACUGGAGCAUUUUAACCAGGCCAUCAGUGUCCUGCCCCAGAGGGCUUCAGCCUACAACAACCGAGCCCAGACCAAACGUCUGCAGGGAGACAUUAAAGGUGCAGCUGAAGAUCUGGAGCGUGCCAUCUCUUUGAGCAGAGGUGCUGGACGAUCGGCCUGCCAGGCUCUGGUCCAGCGCGGGCUCCUCUUCAGGUUGGAGGGCCAUGAUGAAGAAGCUCGGGUGGACUUCGAGAGGGCAGCAGGUCUAGGCAGUGAGUUUGCCAGGCAGCAGGCAGUACUCUUGAACCCCUACGCAGCCCUAUGCAACCGCAUGCUGUCAGAGGUCAUCAAUAAAUUACGCAACCCAGAAGUGUCAGAAACACGUUAGAGUUUAGAGGAGCAACAGACAUAUGCAAAAUCACCCUAUUAAAUGAUUUCAAUGUACUGCAACAAAGUCAUUCAUUUAUUAACGUAGUUCUUGUUUAUUGAAGAUAUAGUAAAAUAAAGAUUUUUUUUCACAUGU